AUGCCCGCUCAGGCUGGGAUAUCCUGGCCGUUUGGGUCGACGUGCAGCAGCUUGGAGGAGCUUGGGGAGGAGAAACCACACCAGCUUGGAAUUCAGCUGCUGUUUACUUUUCUUCUGCUCGGUAUCAUCAACCAGCAUCAGCAUCCCCAGAACCACCUCAUCACCCGUGGUACUUCGAUGACGCCGUCAUCUCGUCCUUGA